AUGACUAUGAUAUGCUAUCUACGACAAUCAUAUGUUCUUUAUGACAUAGUAAAAGCAAAACCUAAAUCUUGUAACAUCAAACAAUCACCUAUGGAGAUCCCACCACCGUCUCUCCACCACGCAUCCCCCAACGGCGGCCUAGUCGUCGUCGAGCCAUUGAAGAAAGACCAACCGAACAUGAACGGUAACGGCAACGAUGUCGAAGAUGGCUAUCUCGAUUCGUUUCCUCCGGGAUUUCGAUUUUGUCCUCUUGACGAAGAGCUCGUUCUUCAUUACUUGAGGAAGAAAGUCAUGAACUUACCUUUGCCUCAGAACAGGAUCAUGGAAGUUAAUUUAUAUAGUUAUAAUCCUGAAAAACUUGCAGAACAACACAAGCAAUACGGAGAGAAGGAAUGGUAUUUUUUCACUCCUAGAGACAAAAAGUACCGGAACGGAACACGACCUAAUCGUGCAGCCGGUGACGGAUACUGGAAGGCCACCGGUGCCGACAGGAAAGUUCGAUUCAACAACAACAUCAUCGGCUUCCGAAAGGCAUUGGUCUUUUACAGAGGAAAACCUCCCAAAGGUGAUAAGACUUACUGGAUAAUGCAUGAGUAUAGAGUUAACGAUCCUCCUUCGCCCAGAAAAGAAAGGGCUGGUUACAAUGACAUGAGGCUGGAUGAUUGGGUUUUAUGUCGGAUCUACAAAAAACAGGAUAAAUCAGGUAAAACACAAACAAAAAACGACGAGACGAGUCCGCCGAAUCAGAAUCCCGAAGAUCCUCCUCCGAAUGAAGAGAUAAUCGGUUCGGAUGAUAUUAUCGAUUACAACGCUUAUUUCAACAUGGGAGGCUUCGUGAACCAAUCUUUGGCCGACGAAUCUUUUAACAUUUUACAGAAUAAUUUUAUCGACCAGUUUCCGACGUGGUGUCUGAAUGAUAGAUUGGAGCAGCAAGAUGUUUGGAGCGGCGCUGGAAAUUUGGAACAUCCUGCACCAUUGGACAUGUAUGUUCAACCACUGGUCCAGUUGGAUCUGUCCACUAAAAAUACUAAUAAUUCAGAUGAAAAUUCUUCGUAUAAGGCUUGGGUGAGUAAAUAUGAAGUUUAG